AUGCCGGCCCUUCGACAUCUAGCAGAGGCGACUGCGCUGGAAAAUGUCGGCAUGGAGCUUCCUAGAAGUGGUGCAUUUUCCCGGCACAAGAUCAGCACCUUCUUGGCGAGUGAGCUGGAGUCAACUGCUAUGAAGCUGAGACGGGGUCGUCUGCCGUUGCGCUCGGAAGGCUUUUCUGGCUGGUUUCCCAACCCUGAAGAGACGCGGGUGGCGCCUCCGGAGGGACAAGAAGCCAUGGAGGUCCAGAAAGCAGAAAAGGCGGAGGAAGCGGAGGAGGACCCCUUGUCCCAAGCCCUCCAAGAUGCAGGUGAUUCAGUGAGCAGCGAUGCAGCAAAGCAGUUGAAAGGAAUGAAGGAGAAAGCCAGCGAAAACUUGGAAACCCCAGAAGGCGGUGCAGCCAAAGAAGCUGUCAAGGAGGAUGAUAUCGCUCCGCCAGAUGUGGACAACGAACAUGGUGAACCUUCCCCGUCUGCCAUCCAGACCAUGUGGGAGAUGUCUAUCACGUAUUUGAAAGUCAAGUUCUUUUUCAUGUUUUGUGCGCUCCUGAUUGUUCCCUUUGUGCUUAUGUCUCAGAAAAAACACGCAGAAAAACCACAAUUUGAUCGAGAAGAUGGUGAAUCCGACGAGGCUGAUGCACCUUGGACAUGGGACGCCAUGGAAGAAAAAAAACAUUGUUUAGCGCAUGGCCUCAUUUAA